GUUUCCUUUUCCCCCCUAUGUAUGCUACUCUCCCUUCUCCUUUCGCCGCCGCUAAACCCGUCGACAGUUUCUCGCCGAAGAAGGCCGUGACCGUCAAUAAUUCGGCGCAGGCGGCGGCGUCAUUUAAGUCGGCCACCGUUACGGAAAACCACAACGCCUCUACGGCGGCGUUGGCGGGGAGUUUGUACGAGAUACUCAAGGUGGAGAGAACGGCCUUGUUUAACGAGAUCAAGAUGGCGUACCGGAGCCUGGCCAAGGUGUACCAUCCCGACGCGAUGGGAUCCUCAUUGGACGGCAGUGAUUUCAUCGAGAUACGGAACGCCUACGCGACAUUGUCGGAUCCGACGGCGAGAGCCGUGUACGAUAUGUCGUUGGGGGCACGUGCGAGGCGUUUUAGGAGUCGAGUACACCUGACCCGAAGAUGGGAGACCGAUCAGUGUUGGUAGG